AAGGCUGCGCAACGGGCCAGUUCAUCGAUUGACGACGAAACAAUCUGACACCUCUUCGCCUUUGACAUCUUAUCUAUCAUAGAGGCAACAUGCGACUUAUCAAUACCACGACCCUCGAGGUCGAGGAAUUCUUUGACGUUUCCAUUCCCGAAUAUGCUAUCUUAUCGCAUACCUGGGGCGACGGCGAAGUCUCAUUGCAAGACUGGGCCGAUCGCAAAAACCGUCGCUUCAAGCCCGGGUUCCAGAAAAUCGUCUGGGCUUGUACCCAAGCUGCCAAAGACCAACUGACCCACGUCUGGGUGGACACCAACUGCAUUGAUAAGAGCAGCUCUGCGGAACUAUCUGAGGCAAUUAACUCCAUGUUUAGAUGGUAUCGACGAUCUGCUGUGUGUUAUGUCUACUUGGAGGAUGUCGCAACCGUGACUUUGGACGAAUGCACGAAGCCAGAGAGUGCGUUCAGAAAUGCGAGAUGGUUCACAAGAGGCUGGACUCUCCAGGAACUUAUCGCACCGCCCAAUGUCAGUUUCUUCUCAAGUAACUGGACUUUGAUAGCGACAAAGUCCGAGCUAGCACCUUGCAUCACCGAAAUUACGGGCAUUCCUUGGUCAUGUCUACUCAAGGGCAGGCUGUCCAAAGCACAUCCACUGGGGAGAUAUAGUAUUGCACAGAGAAUGGCUUGGGCAUCAAACCGCUCGACAACACGUAUCGAGGACCAGGCAUACUCCCUCCUUGGACUCUUCGAUAUCUCCAUGCCGCUCGUAUAUGGUGAAGGUUUUGAAGCUUUCACUAGACUACUUGGCGAGAUCAUACACAAGUAUACAGAUCACAGCUUCUUUGCAUCCCGACUGCAAUAUGUCGAUUUCCUCCCUCGCUCUCCUUGGGAGUUCGAUAACUCACAGUCCGUGGUUAUUAGUAGCUCACCACAGUUGCAAAGGCAUUACACGCCAGGAGAUCAUUCCUACUCAUUUCAUCUGACCAACACUGGAUUGCAGAUCACUCUACCGAUUGUGCCUACUUUGGUUCCUAAUUUCGUAUUUGGUGUGCUUGACUGUUGGGACAUUGAGACUAUGAGUACUACGACAACGCGUCACGUAUCGCGGAUAUGGAUACCACUUCUUCGGAAGGGAGCUGGUGAGUCGCAGCGGUAUCUACGAUUGAUCUGGCCUCAAACGUUUUUCCCUGUGAAGAUGGCUCGGAGGGACAACAUAAUGUUCUACGAAGAACAGAUCCUUUCCAAAAGAGACGAGAAUAGAUCAGUUACUUCAGAAGAACCUUCUGAUUAUGUGGACACAGUAUCAGCGGCAAUGCAGAGAGGUAUUCUGAUCAAGAAGCCAUAUGCGACCAUCCUAUCAGUCCCGUCGUGGCAGCCGCGUGAAGCAGGAAGUCCGUUCCUACUCUGCUUUCCCCGAGCAACAGCAGACUAUCGUCUAUACGGCAUCUUCCCCAACGACCAUGAAUCUGAUACCUCGUGGUCAUCGGAAACACCUCCUUUGUUGCCACUGAUAAUGCCACGCCGUAUCCAUAGAAGCAGCCACCAGGCGCCUGAUAGUGGGAUUCUUAGAAGAGACAAUACGGACAUUUACGCUGCAGUGGUCGUGUUUAAGAAGAAAGGAUCAAAGCCCCCACAAUUCGUUGCUAUCUUCCUGUCCAAUAUUGUACAGGAGGAUAAGGGAAGGGUGGUUUUCGAGCCAAGAGGCAAGGUGAUUCCGAAUUGGUCACCAACUGAAGACGCAGAUUUGGAGGCUGUUGAUUUUUCUACCUUUCCUGAUACUGAUUUCGAUGGUGAUACGUUGGUUACGGUCCAGAAGAUAGCAAGUAACCCUAGGAGAAGAGCCAAAGAUCGUUUCGUUGGGCUUACGCAGAUCAUCUUCGAUAGAGAGCAGAUGAUGGAAGAGCUACGUCUACAACCAGACAGAGAAGAAACGGCGUCGAGGGGUAUUUUGCAGUACUAUGGCCAGGAUUCGUCAGAUGAAGAGGCUGACAACUGAUCUGGUCCUUGAUCCUUGGAUUUAAGUGAAUGAACAAUAAAAGAUUUGAAAUGAUAUUGAAGGUAGUCUACAUCCCCAGUUGACACUAGCACAUAUAACAGAUCUCCAAUCAACGAGAAAACUGUAGCAGACUUGCACACUGGGUUGGGGUAGGCUGGGAAGUAGCCAGGACAGAACUCCGCAGUGAAAAUGGUGUCCAUAUACUGGGACCAAGUUGCAGCAAAGAAGCACUACGAGCGAUAUUGUCAGCCCUUGUUUUAAUAGGACGGGCGAGCUGUCAUACCAAGCCUCUCAUGCAGAUGGGACUGAAGGAAAGGAAAGGAAAGGAGAGGAAAGGAAACAGGGCGGUUGAGCUCUGGCCAAAUAUAAUCUACAUAAUCCUGUCCAUCGACGUUGACAUUGCUGCCAGCGCUAUAUGGGUAAUAGCCGCCCAUUUGUGUCUCACCAACAUCGUUGACGCAAGCACAGGCCCUGACAUGCCUUCCAGCCUUGUCUGCUAGUGCGUCAGACAGCAGGAAGAGCGAGAAGGACAGUGACGAAGGUCUUCAUUAUGAAAUUUGAUGUUGCAACAUAUGACAAUGCAAAAUCGUCUUCUUUAUAUGAAUGGUAACCAUUGAGGAAUGACUUUACGAAUGGCAAG